AUGCGAGGUUUGGCUAUGAUAUUUUUCCUGUCGAUUUUUGGCUUAACUUUGGCGAACCCGAGACAUAAACGCAAUCCGGAAGUUCACCGGAAUUGCUACUACAGCCCAGUGGCCUGCUACUUCGGCCCGAAACCCAGGAAACAGAACCCGCCGCAGAUACAGCGGAGGCUAAGAAUCGGCACGAAGCGGCCUCGUUGGGGCCCAGGCGGUGUGGCCGGAUUGGAGACCGACCCGAAGAUUCCAAGCUUCGGAAAACAU